AUGGCCGCGGCCCCGCCGGGAGCCGGAGAAGAUAUUAAAGACGCCGUUGAGGUGUGCCUGUUCGAUGAAUCAGCAGAUGGGUUCUUGAGAACUGUGCGCGCCAUCUCGGAGCUCGUCGACAAAGAGCCCGAACCAGACUUCCCUGAGGCGGAAGUUGAGCAGCUCUCCUCCUCAAUAACGUUCCUCAGAGAAUGGAGGCACUUCUCUUAUGAGCCAAAAAGUGUAACUUUCACUAAUGGCACUGAUUCAACUUCAUCUAGAGAUGACAUGCACAGUGUAACCUUACCACAGUUUUCAUCUGCUUCUGUUCCCCAGAUCACACCUCAGGAAGACCGGAGGGAUAAUACAGUCAGCUUUGAUUUUAUUCUAUAUGCGGGGGGGAAUGUCUGGGCCUUGGACUGGUGCCCUAGGUUGUGCGACAAGCCUGACUCUUCUAUAAACUGUGAGUAUCUUGCUGUUUCUGCGCACCCUCCUGGUUCUUCUUACCAUAAACUUGGCAUGCCCUUAACUGGGAGAGGUAUCAUUCAAGUUUGGUGUCUGUUAGCACCAUUUGAAGAUGCACAUUCUCGCCGGUCAAUGAAUGUAUGCAAUAAUAGUAAUCGAAGAGGAAGGCCUAGAAAGAUACCUUGUAGUGAUAAGCUGGAACCUGUUCCAAAAGGACCAAGGGGGAGGCCAAAAAAGAGACCUUGCAGUGAUCAGUUAGAACCUGUUCCAAAAAGACCAAGGGGCAGACCAAGAAAGUAUCCAUUGCCAGAUGCAAAAUUUGAAGGUUCAUCCCCAAACGGGGAAAGUCAGGAUAUCAUUGUUUUUGAUCCCCUUUGUACUUCAAGUGUUAUUCCAGAUGACCUUCCAUUGGCUUAUGUCAUGCCAACUGCGAAGUCUGUGCAAUCAACUCCUAAAAGAGGUAGAGGGCGACCUAGGAAAAACCCAAGUGACAAACUGACACUCUCAUCCGGUAUUGUAUCAGAAGAUGUGUGUACAGCCCCACCUCCAACAACUGCAAUCUGUACAAAGCCUAAGAGACCACGGGGGAGGCCUCGAAAAUAUCCAAUUCCAAUGAAUGGUGGAUCUGUUUCAGGCGCUGAUGUUGAAUUAGGGAAAGAGACAACUUGUCAGCCUGCUUCAUUUGGCUGCAGUUUGGACCACACUGCUUGCACAGAGUUUAAUGCUAAUUUAAGUAUUGUUGCAGUUGAUGCAGCAUUGCCGCUUAUUGACAAACUGACCUGUUCAUCUGGCACUGUAUCAGGAGAUGUGUGUACAGCCCCAUCUCCAACAACUGCAAUCUGUACAAAACCUAAGAAACCACGGGGAAGACCUCGAAAGUAUCCAGUUCCAAUCAAUGCUAGAUCUGUAUCUGGCACUGUAUCAGGAGAUGUGUGUACAGCCCUAUCUCCAACAACUGCAAUCUGUACAAAACCUAAGAAACCACGGGGGAGACCUCGAAAGUAUCCAGUUCCAAUCAAUGGUAGAUCUGUUUCAGGCACUGAUGCUGAAUUAGGGCAAGAGACAAUUUGUCAGCCUGUUUCAUUUGACUGUAGCUUGGACCACACUGUUUGCACAGAGUUUAAUGCUAAUUUAAGUAUUGUUCCAGUUGAUGCAGCAUUGCCAAUUGUUGACGAACUGUGCAGUUCAUCUGGUGCUGUAGUAAAAGAAAGUGUGUGUACUGAACCAUCUCCAGCAACUGCAACUCGUAAGCAACCAACGAGAACACGGGUGAGGCCUCGAAAGUACUCAGACACUAUGAUUGAACUGGGGAAAGAUACAACUGGUCAGCCUGAUUUAUCCAGUAUGGGUCACACUGCUUGCACAGAGGCUAACUCUAGUUUUAGCAUUGUUGCAGUUGAUGCAUCAUCACCAUUUACAUCUUCAUCUACUGCAACUUGUGAUAAUAAGUCAAAAGGUCAGAGGAUUAGAGGAAAUGAUAAGAAGAAAACAAUUUCUAAUGCUCUAUAUUGCCCAGUGGUUUCUGGUGUUGAAUCACAGAGAAUUUGUUCCACAGAAAUUCUUCCAAAUGAUCCUGCAGUCUCUGUUGAAAAUGCUUUGCCAACUGCACAGAACGUGGUAUCAAUGAAUGAGCUUUGUUCUGCUAGCUUGUUAAACUGUGAGGGUAAUGCGUGCAAAGGUGCUCUUUCAGAUGAUUCUGUACUUCCCAUCCACAUUUCACCUAAAUCAAGUAAUAAAAGAGAGUCAAGUGGCAGGAGGGGAAGAGGAAGGCCUAAAAAGAUACCACUUUCUGCUGGAACUGGUCGUUUUGUGGCUUCUGGUGCCAGCCUCCCAAAAACAACCUCUGUACUGACUAGUUCUAACAAUCUCACAUCUUUGAACAAGAGUGGUGGCAAAUUUAUAGUAAGUAGCCUUGGUUCAUGUGGGUGUGAUAUUGAGAAAUGCAGUGUUCAUUCAGGUGUUUUGUUAUCUGAUGAUGCAUCACCAGCACAUGGCUUACACAAUGCAAAUUGUAAGGAAGAAUCAAAUACCAAAAUAGGAAAAGGGGGAUGUAGAAAGAAGCCUGUUUCAGCUGAGCACAGUCAUUUAACUGAUUUUAAUGUCAAAGAACAAAAAAUGCAGACAACUCCAAAGUCAGGCGAUCCUGUGGUCUUGGUUGAAAAUUGUAUGGAAGGACAAGGCCCCAGAAAGGCUGGGGGGCAACUUCAAAGGAUACCUGCUUCAAAUGAGAGGAGUGGCACAUCUGUUGGUGGUGAAACACAUAAAAUAGAGACAUUAUCCACACCAAUGACUAAAGGAUCAUCUAAAAAUGAUGACAUGGCUCAUGGGGCUGGUUUGAAUCAGUCUAAGAAUGCAAUUGUUGGUUGCAGAGGCAUGAAAGUUACUGAAAGCAACACUGCCAAUUAUACUUCUCAUUGUAAUGAAAAUGCACGAGCAAAUCAAGUUGCACCUAGUUUCAAGAACAGUGACAGGGUCAUUGAUGAAACGGAAGCUGCGGAAUUUGUGCCACUCAAGGAAUCAAGGGAAGAUGACAGUAUGUUUAGUUGUGUAAACUCAAACUCAUCUUCAUUUACAAGGGGCAUUGCUCAACCAAGAGUUGUCUUAUGUUUAGCUCACAACGGCAAAGUUGCUUGGGACAUCAAAUGGAAGCCUCCUUUACUAAGUCAACCUGAACAGAAAUCACGACUGGGUUUCCUUGCAGUAUUGUUGGGGAAUGGCACUCUUGAAGUGUGGGAAGUUCCAUCACCAUGCAUGAUCCAGAAAAUAUAUUCCCCCUCUAAGGUGGAGGGUUCUGACCCUCGUUUUCUAAAGCUACAACCUGUAUUUAGGUGUGUCAAAGUGAAGUGCAGGAACAGGCAAAGCAUUCCCUUGACAGUUGAUUGGUCACCUUCUCCUCCUCAUGAUAUGAUAUUGGCGGGUUGUCAUGAUGGAACGGUUGCUUUAUGGAACUUCUCGAUGAAUUUGCCAACACAAGAUUCAAAACCUUUUAUGUGUGUCACUGCUGAUUCUGUUCCCAUUAGAGCUCUCUCUUGGGCACCAUAUAUAAGUGAAGAAAGCACAAAUACCUUUGUCACUGCUGGAGAGGAUGGUCUAAAGUUCUGGGAUUUAAGAGAUCCAUACCAUCCUCUUUGGGAGCUAACUACUGCUCCAAAGGCUGUAUUAAGUCUUCAUUGGCUAAAGGAUGGAAGGGGGAUCGUUAUCUCACUGGAAGAUGGUACAUUGAAGUUUCUAAGCUUGCCUCGGAUUGCAAAUGAUGUUCCAGCCACUGGAAGGCCAUUUGCCGGAACAAAAACUCAGGGUGUUGUAACUUAUCAGUUGUCAGAAUAUUUGAUUUGGAGUGUCCAUGCCUCAGAACCUACAGGUUGUGCGGCUUACUGUGGGGCAGAUGGUACUGCUGUGUACUUCCAGCUUAAUUCGAGAUUCUGGGAUAAAGAACCUGGGCGUAACCGUGUUCCUUAUUUCCUCUCUGGAUCAUUAUCAGAGGAGGGAGAAAAUAUUAAGAUUGGCAGCAGGCUGCAAACAUCUCCAUUACCAAAUGUUCCUGUGGUGACCAAAAGGGGUUCAAAACCAUGCCAAAAUAUAGUUCAGGCCCUCGCUACAAGCGAUGUCACUGGCCUGCUGACAUGUCAGCUCAACUCCCCCACAGGAAACAGUGACGCUGUAAAUCCAGAAGUUCAUGACGAUCAAGAUGAUGGACGAAGCGAAGAGCAAGGAGCAAGCGCUGUAAAUCAAGAACUUGACGGUGAUCGAGAUGAUGGACACAGUGAAGAACAAGCAGCAGGCAUCGUAAACACAGAAUUUGGCGAUGAUCAAGACGAUGGACACAGUGAAGAACAAGGGGCCGGUGCAAUAAUUUUAGCCAGUCCUACAAAGGAAGAGAAUGAUGGAACAUGGAACAGCAAGGGUGGUGAAUCCCCUAAAGACCUUAAAGUCAUCCCUCCGAAUUCUGUUGCUUUGCAUCAAGUGCGAUGGAACAUGAACAAAGGUAGCGAGAGAUGGCUGUGCUACGGAGGUGCUGCAGGCAUCAUACGAUGCCAGAGGAUCUGA